AUGGUUAGAUCAUACGUUAGAAAAACCAAAAAGGGUGAUGCAUAUACCAAAGAAGAACUGUUACAAGCUACAAAUGCAAUCACAAGCAAACAAAUUACCGUCAGCGUUGCUGCCAGAUUAUACCGGAUACCAAGAACGACGCUUUACGAUCAUAUAAAUGAACGACGUGGAAUGAAGUCUACAACUAAGGGUAGAAAUACUGCCUUAUUACCUGCUGUUGAAAAAAGUUUGGCUCAAUCAUUAACCAUCAUGGACAAGUAUGGCCAUGGAUUAAGUCGAACCGAAGUUUUGACAUUUGUUAACCGACGGGUUAAUGAUAAUAACUUAGUUACUCCGUUUAAAGGUGGAUAUCCAGGUCAUGAUUGGUGGAUAGGGUUUUCUUCUCGACACAAAUUAUCAUUAAAAAAAUCCCAAGUUGUAGAAAAUGCCCGAAAAAAAGCUUGUGAUCCAUUCAUAAUUUACAGUUACUUUGAUUUAUUAUGGGAAACAAUGACUGAUCUUGGUAUAGUGAAUAGACCAGAUCGAAUCUGGAAUCUUGAUGAGACAUCGUUUUGUUUAGACCCAUCUAAAACCAAAACAGUUGGACCGAUUGGUCAACCUAGUACCCGAACCACACAUGGCUCUGGGCGUGACAAUACAUCUGUUUUGAUGGCUUGUAGUGCAGAUGGUAAAAAAGGGCUCCCUUUGAUAAUAUUUAAAGGCAAAAAUAUUUGGGACAGGUGGAUUACACAACAGUCUGAAUUCCCUGACGCUACAUAUGCCGCCACAUCCAAUAUGGGGGGAUGGAACGAGAGGUGGGAAGUUAGUAACACCCAAGUAAAUAACCAAACUACUGAUAAUCAAACUUCAACAACCGAAAUGUAUAAUGACUUAGUUAUCUAUAAUGAAGCUUCAACAUCAACAUGUAUAGCCAGCAAUAACAAUUUCAACUCAAAUCAAGCUUCAACGUCAGCUGAAAAAAAUGCAGAAAGAGAAACAGAAACAGAAUCUAUAUAG